CGCAGGAAGUAAUUUUGAGCAGGGGGUGCUGAAGUUCGCCAAGCCACGCCCCCCUUAGUUAUUGUUGCUAAGUCCAACAAAAUUUUCGCGGCUAUUCAAUGAUGUCACAUGUACCUCGCGCACUCCCUCAAUCAUUUUAGGUACGAUACAGGGAUAUAUUGAGGCGCAUGAAGGACCCGACUUGGCCACCGGGCGAACCGAUGAAGAGCGUACGGACAUUGAAGACAUGCUGGCCGUGGUUAGAGGAUAUCCUGUAGUGACUGCAGCCCGCCCUGGUCCGGUGGCUGAUGACUGAGAAAUCUGGAGGGACUCUAAGACACUAAAUGCCUCAAGCAAUGGGUCUUUCCUUAUAUAACCUACAGUAUUAUUCCGAUCUUGUUCGAGUUUCUUAUUCUUGUUAUCUGUUCUACAACAAACUUAGUUAAGACUAACUUCCAAUUACGCUACUUCAUUUACUACCAAUAUUAACGGAGAUAAUCCAAUAUAAACAUAUUGAUUUAAAAAAAAAAAAAAAAUCAUUUUAGGUACCCGGCUAGCUUGCUGUCAAACCUCUUCGCGAGUUCGCCAGUUAAGACAUGGGCAAAUGCAAAUUUUCGGACCUCUGGCUGGAGGAAUCGUUGUUUAAAGAAUGGCUUAGGCCAGUAGUUGGCAACAGCCAAGAGGCUUAUUGCAACGUCUGCAAGAAGACGAUAAGCAUUACCUGGAUGGGGGUGAAGGCGGUGAAAUCGCACAUGCUAUCAAGUAGCCACCAAGCUAGGAUGCGUGGACGUAACGCUCAGCUACCGCUGUCACUGUUUUACACUGGCACAACGGCUACAUCGACGCCCUCAACCUCAACUGCUCCUUCAACCUCCACUGCUCCCUCAACCUCGCUUGCUCUCCCCCUGCAAUACCCUGCCAGUAGUCCUACCACCAGCAACAGGUGCACGACAGACGGUCAGAAGCAGACGCUAGGCACUACCACCUCUACCUUGCAGGCUGAGGUACUGUGGUGUUUAGAUGUAGCAAUGAAACACCACUCGUUCAACUCGAACGAAGGCAUAGGAGAGCUGUUCAGAAAUAUGUUCCCGGACUCCGAAAUCGCCAAAUCCUUCGCUUUGGGCAAGGAUAAAACCGGGUACAUAAUAAAAUUUGGCAUCGCACCCUAUUUUAAGAGGCAACUGGUUGAGGCCAUAAAUAAUGCCGGACCGUACGUCCUUAUGUUCGAUGAGAGCCUCAAUCAAUCGUCAAAGAAAAAACAAAUGGACAUACACAUUCGUUUUUUGGAGGAUGGUUGUGUACGCUCGAGGUAUUUUGGCUCACAAUUCCUGGGACAUGGGAGAGCUGACGAUCUGUUGCAGCACAUCAAAGAAUGUGUUGCAAAACUCAACAUGAGGCAGCUUCUCUCAGUAGGAAUGGAUGGCCCAAAUGUAAAUUUCAAACUCCUGGAUCUCCUUCAAAAGGAACAUGCUGAGCUGCAUGGAGGUGCUCAAGUCCUGAUGGUUGGGAGCUGUGGUGCUCAAAUUGACAAACUCCUGCGCGCUCUCCAUUACCUCUUCCACAACGUUCCUGCCCGGAGAGAGGACUACACCAACAUCACCGGGUCGUCCUGCUUUCCCCUCUCUUUCUGCGGCCACAGAUGGGUGGAAAAUGUGCCGGUUGCAGAGAGAGUCCUGGAAGUUUGGACCAUGAUUCAGAAGUUUGUCAAUGCUGUUGAGGAUAAGAAGGUCACAAAACCAAACACGGCCUCUUAUGAUGCCAUCCUGGCAGCACAAGGGGAUCCACUCUUAAUCCCAAAGCUUCAAUUCUUCCUCGCCAUUGCGAGAAGUUUUAACCCAUUUCUCAAGAAGUACCAAACAGACGAGCCAGUGUUGCCUUUUUUGGCAGAAGAUUUAACUGAGCUCCUGUUGAGUUUACUGCGGCGGUUCAUCAAAAGGGAACUCCUACAGGACCAAACCCCCCUGCAGCUGAUUAAAUUGGACAUCUCUGAGGAGAAGAACUGGGUCUCCCUCAAAAGGGUAGAUAUAGGCUUGGGGGCUGAAUCUGCCAUCAAGGUGAUGUCAUCAUUCAGCAAUUCACAUCCUUUCUCUCGGUCGUGGGCAGAGAAGAAGAAUUUGUUUCCUUCCAACCCCUGAGGCAGCGUCUGGAUGUCUUUCUCCACUCCAAACUCUGCACGUCCCACCCUGACCUGCUAAAGUUCUGCCAAAGUGCUCUCCUCCUGUCCCAUGGACAAGCCACAGUGGAGAGAGGCUUCUCAGUAAAUAAGGAGGUAGAAACGUGCAACCUCCGUGAUGAAUCUCUCGAAGCCCUCAGAUUAAUCUGCGAUAAGGUAAUUGUCUGUGGCGGCGUUCUGAAAGUUCCUCUGACCAAGGAGCUCCUGGCCUCUGCUGCUUCAUCGAGGUCACAAUACAGGCUAUACCUUGAUAGUGAGCGGAAAAAAAAAGGAGAAUGCCACACAGGAGCUGAAGAGGAAAGCAGCAGAGAAAGAGCUGGAGGACCUCCGGAACCGGCGGCAGGUACUCCACAGUGUGUGCCAUUCACUCCAAAAUGACGCCGACAAAUAUGCAGAGAUGGCCGAGGGAAAGGCAGGAACAAAGAUGGCUGAGCUCAUCACAAAAUCAAACACUUUUCGGAGAAGACACAGGGAAAAAAAAGCAGAACUUCUCCAAGUGGAUAAAAUGAUUGAAGAAAAGGCCACACAGUUGAGGCACUUGUGACCCUGCUGGCUAACUGUUGUUUAAGUUCUCUCUCUCUCUCUCUCGGACAGUUUUUGCAUCCAGUUGAAGUUAAAGUUAUUUCUUUGUUAAUAAGAUAUUGUAAUUACAGUGAAAGUUGCACUUUAUUAUUAUCUAGUUUAUUCUUUUUUUUCAAGGCCCUAAUUUAACCACUUGAAAUUAGUUUUUGUUAUGCAAUUGUUACUUUUUGACAUUUUGAGUAAAAACUAUGGACCAAGGCCUGUUGUGUCAUCUUGAUUAAUCCAACUCCUAUGGUAGAGUUCCUUCUUACUUAAAUGUAGCUCACUAGCUUGCUCAAACAAACAGACACUCACAUACACCUACAGAGUCUCUCGCUCUCUCUCUCUAUGUGUGUGUGUGUGUGUGUGUGUGUGUGUGUGUGUGUGUGUGUGUGUGUGUGUGUGUGUUGGCCAGUUUUUGUGUCCAGUGGUGGAAGUUAUAAUUACCCUGUUAAAUUGUGAUGAAAUAUGUUAUUAAUUCGUUUUGGAAAGAUAUUUCAUUACUUUACGCGUCACUUUACUUCACACUUUACGCUGCUACAGUUGCAGCUUGAAGUCGUGCUGGUAGUAAAAAAAAAAUUGAAGGUAGUAAAAGAGGUAGU